UACGAUUAUUUAACCUUUUAAAGAGGACGUCUUUCCUUCAUGAAAAGACAUGAAGAAAAGACGAAUUCCCCUCAAGAACAUUCAUAUAUUGCUUCUGAUUACAUAAUCCAUCCAGAAGGUGCAGAUGCUUUGCACGCUUUAUUGCUAUAUCAGACUUCUCGCAAUACAAUUCCAAGGCAUUGGAUAGCACGUGAGAAUAAACCGCUUAUUUUUCAAUGUAAAAUGCUUGAAUUAUUACAUAAUUAUGAUAAUAUACUGGUUGUUGAGGCUAAAAAAGACGUUAAACCAGUAUAUGGUGUCAUUGAAUGUAUGAAACAUAAAGUUUAUGUGUUUAGCGAAUUUGAUUCAAAUGUUACUCGUGAUGAGGUGUUAAAAUCUCCUUAUAGGCCUGGGAUUAAUGAAAAUAUUGAGAAAACUAGUAAUAUAGAGGCAUCUUUGGAAGCAACGUUGCCAUGGCAACCACCAGUGAUCAAUACAGUAGAGAGAUCAAAUAUUAAGCAAAUAUCAAGUAAAGAUGUACUGAAUGGCCUUCUUCAGCAAUAUUUUUAUAUACUUUAUGUUUCAAAAGUUUCAUUGGCAUAUUUUGCAAAAACAACAUUAGCAAAAGCAAGAAAAGACUGUCAAGAGGUUUAUUUAGAUGAGAAUAAAGGUCGUAUUGAGAUGAUAGAAUUUAUUGAAAUGAAAAUGUUGCGAACACCGGAAGAAUUGGAGAUGAAAUUUAAAAAAUGGUUACCUUUAUUAGUUGAAUCUAGUUUGGAUGAAAUGAAUGAUGUGAAUAUAAAUGAAUGGCCAGAAGAGAUGAAAUGUUGGUCUAUAGAUGUAAAUGAGCAGGAAUUUAUUUUAAAAUGGUGCAAUUGUAAUGAAGAUUGUAUUUUUCGAAAUAAAAAGAAUGCCAAUAAAAGAAUUGAUGCAUUAAAAUUUCGAGAGUUUGAGUUACAGAUAAUUUUAGUAUUGGAAGUGCUUUUGUUAUGCUAUGAAACAAAAAACGAUGUAUCGAAUCAAGAAUUAAAGAAAAGUCGCUUGUCGAUUAAUAUCAAACAAUAUUUGGAUAUUUUGGUUGAUAGACUAUGUAUAUGGCAAGCAUUAGAAGAUACAGAAUUAUCGUUUGAUAAGAAUAUUGAUCAGAAGACAGAUAGUGAUCAAUUACGGCAGUUUUGUGCAGAAGUUGUUAUGCCUUUUUAUGCAUCUAAACUUCCUGAUAUUUGUAGUGGACUAUUUGUUAAAUGUGGUGGACCGAUUCUUUCUCAUCAUUCUCUACGAUCAAAGAGCGAUAAAAAGAAAAAUCAAAAAGCUAAUCUUUCUACUUUCUCAAAGCCACCUGUUACUGUUAUAAAAUCUUUAUCCAAUGUUUCUACAAAGUCACCUGUCGAUAUUACUUCAAGUCUUGCAACAGCUCUCUGUGAUGAGAAAACCAAAUUGCAGUCCGUAUCAGUUACACUACGUCCUUCUUUUAUGGAUUCAUGUGUUAAAGGUGUUUCAAGAGACGGUAUUUUGAAUUCUAAGAAAUCUCUUCAGCAUCGUGAAAUAAAGAUGCCUUUAUCAAAAAUUACUAAAAAAGACAAGUCAGAUGAUCCAACAUCUCUAUCUAAUCAACAAUUCGUACGGCCUCGUGAAGUACAACGGAUUCAAAUCAAGCAAAAAUCAAUUGCUGGUCAGAUUCAAGUACUGGCGACGCCUCAAAAGAGUCGAAUGGCUCGUUCAACUAGUUCAAUAGCAGAUCUAGCUGAAUGCAAUCAAGAUAGAGUAAUGAAUACUUCAGUUAACGUUGAUAUAAACAGAACACCUUUAAAAAAACGUCAGAAGAUAGAUGUUAUAUCUGAAACGCCGAUAAAACAAUGAGUUCUUGCUUGUUUGCGUCUUGUUAACAUAUAU